AUGUCGAGAAUCACUGCAUGCCUCUUGACUGUGUUCUUCGUCUUCGCCACUAUUUCGUCAGCAAAGAAGAACCUCAUAGUCGACACCGACCUAUUCAGCGAUUGCGACGAUGCCGCGGCUCUUCUCCUCGCCGCCACAUCUCCAGAAGUCAACCUCCUAGGAGUUAAUAUCAACUCCCAAUCCUCAUAUUCAGUGCUAGCAGCUUCGGCGAUUCUCAACCAUUAUGAUCACGCUGACGUACCCGUCGGUGCCCGGCGACCGCUUAACGAUGUCCCAUUCUUCGACAGCUGGGCCAAGCGGGCCGGCGAAUUCGCGAGCAAGCUAGCGACGUAUUGGUCGAAAAGAAUCUCCGACGCCGAGGAAGCCUGGGACCCCGUCGACCUCUACCGCAAGCUACUCUCCGAAGCAGAAGAUGACUCUGUCACGAUAGCCUCCAUCGGCUUCCUGCACAACCUCUCCGGCCUCCUCAACUCCACGGCAGAUGCCCGGUCCCCGCUUUCCGGCCCCGAAUUAGUCGAGACCAAGGUCAAGGAGCUCGUCGUCAUGGGCGGGGACUACCCAAACGGAUUUGAAUUCAACUUUUGGGGCGAUGACCCCUAUCAGACAGCACAUGUAAUCCACAACUGGACAACUCCCAUUGUCUACGCCGGUUUCAAGCUCGGGGGCUCAGUUCGCUCAGGCGGUCCUCUCAUGGCGCACGGACCCAAGACUGACCCUGUACGGGCGGCGUAUAUACUCUACACGUAUUACCAGCCGCAGUGGUCUUUCGAUCCCGUUGCGAUGCUUUAUGCUGUGGGGGGACUCGGCGAGUAUUUCAAGUUUGGUAACGAGUACGGAUACAAUACUGUCACUCUAUAUGGAGAAGGCAAGUGUAACGGUUGUAAUGUCUGGGUGUACGACAAGAACGUUACGAGUCAGCACUGGCUUGAAAUUACAGUCAGCCCCGACAAGCUCGGCGAGGAGCUGGAUAGACAGUAUUUGCAGGGAGCACGGUCUUCCAAGAGAUCUUCCGACCCUAUUGGAAUUCUCCCCAAGUUUGGUGAUUGCAGAGUCGAGCAAGCUCAGGAGCCACCAGAAAGAGUGGAGUUAUGA